AUGCUGCGCCACGUGCUGUGCGUGUUGGCCCUCGCGCUGUGCUGCUGCACGUCUCUGUGCGUGGCAGAAACCGGUGCACCUGCGGGAACAGUUGAAUUCCCACUUGCUAUUGGAAAUGAUGGUGCCGAGAUAUCCCUGACGGAGACAGUUAGUACUGAGAGCUGUGGGGUGCAGACAAGCCCGGUGGCUGAGGGAUCCAGGACAGUUACUGUGUCUAUUACGGUUACUUUGAGGAAGAAGGGUGACCCAGAAAAAACAAAAGAAAUUAAGAAAAAAAACCCUACGAUUGUCAAAGUUCCUCUUGGGCACAUUUUUGCGCUGGAUACAUCUUUGAUUGUUGAGUGUACGAAACAAAGUGGGGCUGAUGCCGCCAUCACGAAAACAAACUGCACUGCGGAAGAUUCAGCUACGGCUACCGGCAGUAUCACCUAUGUGGCCACUGCUGCCGACUCCACAGCUGGCGGUAUUACAACAACGAAGGAGCACGAAGUCAAGAUACCAGUUGGGUCUGGCGUGAGUAUUAUGGAGAACGUUGUGGUUAAAUGCAUUCCCUUAACAGUGGCUGGAUUGACCCCCACAUCUGCAGGGGCCGGACCUUCCGGCGAAGGCAACGAAGGAAAACUUAAUGGUAAAGUUCCUGAAGAUAUUUCUACCCAAGGUCAGUCUUCGAUUAAGGACGAUACCGUCAAAGGAGAGGCAGAUCGACUUGCGUCACAGGCAAACGACAUACAUCAACCACCGGGUUCUGCAUCGCAUGAUUCCAUUGCCAACAGUGGAAAGAUAAAUGGUGAACGCGCCAGUGAAGAAAAGGACAGUAGUGUCAGCACCGAAGUCACUCCUCCAACUUCCAGCGAGGCAGAGAGCACAGAAACGGACAACUCCGUCACAGUGAAAAACGCCGAUCACACUGCCCCCACAGCCACACCUCCAGCAGGGACCACCGCCGAAGGGGCUCCCAAAACUGAUGCCGGCACGCCCACCUCUGCGGGAGAGGGCGCUGCAGCCAACGCGUCACCUGCGCUCAACGGCAUCCCUCCGAGUGGCGUGAAGCUUCCUGACCAUAACACCGACGCCAGCAGCAGCAGCACUGCAUGGGUGCGUGCCCCACUGUUGUUGCUGCUUGUCUGCGUGGCCGUGUGGUGA